CUCCAGGAAACCAGAAAAAGGCAUCCAGUAUCUGAUAGAUCGAAACUUUGUUCCCGACACUCCGGUGGGCGUGGCUCACUUCCUGCUGCAGAGGAAAGGCUUGAGCAGGCAGAUGAUUGGCGAGUUCCUGGGUAACAGACAGAAGCAGUUCAACCGAGAUGUCCUCGACUGUGUGGUGGAUGAAAUGGACUUCUCGAGCAUGGAGCUGGACGAAGCGCUCAGGAAAUUUCAGGCGCACAUCAGAGUUCAGGGAGAAGCUCAGAAGGUGGAGCGGCUCAUAGAGGCAUACAGCCAACGUUACUGCAUCUGUAACCCUGGAGUGGUGCGACAGUUCAGGAACCCCGACACCAUCUUCAUCCUUGCCUUCGCCAUCAUCCUCCUCAACACCGACAUGUACAGCCCCAACGUGAAGCCAGAGAGGAAGAUGAAGCUGGAGGACUUUGUGAAAAACCUUCGAGGGGUGGAUGAUGGGGAAGACAUCCCCCGAGAGAUGCUGGUAGGGAUAUAUGAGCGGAUUCGCAAGCGAGAGCUCAAAACUAAUGAAGACCACAUGUCCCAGGUUCAGAAAGUGGAAAAACUCAUUGUUGGGAAGAAGCCGAUUGGCUCGUUGCACCACGGUCUGGGCUGCGUGCUAUCCUUACCACACCGGAGACUGGUCUGUUACUGCAGACUUUUUGAAGUACCCGACCCUAACAAACCACAAAAGUUGGGUGUCCACCAACGGGAGAUCUUCCUCUUCAAUGACCUGCUAGUGGUCACUAAGAUUUUCCAAAAGAAGAAGAACUCUGUGACGUACAGCUUUCGGCAGUCCUUCUCACUUUAUGGCAUGCAAGUGCUAAUCUUUGAGAAUCAGUAUUAUCCCAACGGAGUGCGUCUGACGUCAGCCAUUCCCGGAGCAGACAUCAAAGUCCUCAUCAACUUCAAUGCACCAAAUCCUCAGGACCGCAAAAAGUUCACUGACGAUCUGCGAGAAUCUAUUUCUGAAGUCCAAGAGAUGGAGAAGUACCGGAUAGAAUCUGAGCUAGAGAAACAGAAGGGGAUCGUGAGGCCCAGCAUGUCCCAGACUUCAGCCAUGAAGAAGGACACGGGAAACGGGUCUCUGAGUCGCGGGAGCCUCGACGACAGCUACGCCAUUGGUGAAGGUUUGAAGAGGAGCGCACUCAGCAGCUCCCUACGAGACCUCUCAGACGCAGGCAAGCGUGGGAGACGCAGCAGUGCAGGAUCACUAGACAGCAAUAUGGAAGGCUCCAUCAUUAGCAGCCCCCACAUGAGACGCAGACCCCCGAGAGACGGCCCGUCCCGACACAGCGGCCAAUCGCUGCCCAGCUCCUCCUCCCUGCUGGGGACUCUGUUUGGCCCCAGCAGACGUUUGAAGUCACCCAGCCCCACCCCUCAGGCUCUGCACCCCACCCUAAUCUCACACACCACCCACCCUACCAACUUGCACCACACAGCCCGGGCAGAAACGGACCCCCAAGCCUCCGUUCACCCUCACCACGGGCAGUUUUGCCACCAGAAUCCUCCGCCUUACCACCAUCAUCAUCACUAUCACCCUCCAGCCCACCUGCAGCACCCUCCACACCCGUUUCACCCGGCAACAGGUCACGGGCAGCAGCCAGCAUACCCUCCUCACCCUCCUCAUCCUCACCCUCACCACCAAACACACCCUCCUCACGCUCCACUUCACCACGGCCCCCAAACGGCCCCCUCCCAGGCCCCCAGCAGCACCAAACCCAAGCACAGCGGCAUCAGUACGGUGGUGUAAAAGUGUAAAGAAGACACAGAGACUGAACUUUGAUUUUAAUCCGAAACGGUAGCACUGUGCGGACGCCGGACGAGAUCCUGUGCCUCCUUUUGGGUUCUUUGUUGUGCUCAUAACAAGAACAGUUUACUCAAUUUAAAACACAUCUCCUUUCUGGUUGCUCCUUGCAUUUUACUUCAGGUUAUAAUUCAAGAGCAUGCACAAAGACCACAACUACUGUUUCUCCUCAAUUAAAGGAUCAAAUAUCUAACUUACUUACUGUGUUUUACAGAAGAAAUGAAUAGUAAUCUUGACUUUAAUGACUAUAGAGUGAUACAGACAGACAGACAGACAGACAGACAGACAGACAGAGAGAGAGAGAGAGAGAGACAGACAGACAGACAGACAGAGAGAGAGAGACAGACAGACA